AGCUAUGUAAAUAAAAUCACACUUUUUUAGUCCACUUAACAAAUAAAAAUUAUAAUGUAGAUUUACUUUCAACAGUCAGUUUUAGUCUAAUGCUUUUAAAAAUAGAAUAAUGUUUUAUAUAAACAUGAUUAAUGCUGUAAACUAAUGCACUAUUAAUUUGCACUCUUAUAUAAACAAAAUAUUAACUGCAUUAGCUACGUAUGUAUAAAUUGCCAAACACACCACAAACUCUAUAAAUAAUUUAACCCUGACUGUGUCGAUUUUUAUUGGUUUGGCACAUGAACAGAAUCGAUUGAAAUAUAAAAGGGCUGACGGCCGACCUAAAUACCAGUUAUUGAAUAUUGGUGAUCGAUUAACGAAUGGCGGGUCCAAGUACUUCGAGAUGGCAACCGAAAACGACCGCGUACAAAUACAAUUAUGGUACCGGAAUGAAUUUUUACCAACCCAUGGUAGAUUUUAUCGACGACAAACAGCGUGGCAGAAAAGUUCCUUUGCCCCACUUACCUUGGAGCGACGAAUUCGAUCCAAUGAAAAGCCUUCACAACUACUCGGACGAAGAUUUGGCUAGAGUCUCGCGUAAAACGGAAGCCAGUGCCAAAGAAAAGUUAAGGGACUUUCGUUCACAUGCGAAGUCGGGUUUUAUUUUGAGUCAGUCGGUGUCCGCGGCCGCAAUUACCGAGAAAGUGAGAACUACCGAGACUAGAAAGAAGAAACAACUGAUACGGGAUAUUAAGAAGCUUAAGUCUCUUAUGAGUGAAGAGCACAAAUCGAGAGGAUCCAGAGACGCUGAAGAAGAAACAAUGACGACCACCAAGUUCUUUCGUGGCAGAUCUGCCAAAGCUAUUGAACAGCAACUUCUAACGGAGAGCAGGAAAGUGAUUUCUGAAGGCAUUGAUGAGGAUAUUCGUAGGCAACAUCUGGGUGUUAAAGGUGUAAAAGUACAUACUGCUCAUAUUAAAUUAAUGGACGAAAAAAUGGAAAAACAAUUGGAAGAUAGUUUUGUGAUACCAUUAGAAAAUUUAAGUCAUGAUCUUAAGUCGUUUGAUCACAGGACCUCAGCCUUCUUGCUCAAUAAAAGGUGAAGAAUAAUGUUGAUGUAAAAUGUGGGUAUACAAGUGAGUACACGUUACACUAGUAGCAUUGAUGGAUAUUUUUGCCAAAAGUUAAUGUAGCAUCUAAAAAUAAGCCUCUUGACUACCAACUAACAGUAAAGUUUUGCCAAUCAUUCAAAAGGCAUGCACGUUUUAACACUUAGCAAAUUAGAAAAUGGCAUUGUUUCAAAACAUUCCAAAUGUAUGUUUCAAUUAUCUGCACGUGUAAGUAAAAUUUAUUACUGUAAUCCAAAAUUAACAGAUGCGUUAAAAAAUAAAUUUUCUAAAUGACACAGGAAUUAAUUUAAUGGUGUGUAGGAAUUACAAAACAAUGAGAAACAAUGAACAAUGUUUUCAAAUAGAGGUUUAUCAUCUUGAUGUCUAAAUAAUUCAAAUUUUUAUUUUAGUCACACAAAUUAAAUGACCAUAUUUAUAUAUGAAAUUAAAUAGCUAAUAUUAAUUCAUUGUUAUGUUUUAUCAGCAAAGCUACCAGCAUUGAAAUUGAACAA